AUGGCCGUUGCCGCCCUUGCCGGCUUCGCUCAGGCUCAGAUCGUCGAUGUCAUCCCCGUCAAAGUCGGCUCCAACAACGGCACCUUCCGCUUCUACCCCGAAAAGAUCACCGCCCCCGAGGGCAGCGUCGUCCAGUUCCAGUUCAUCGCCGGCAACCACACCGUCACCCAGUCCAACUUCGACAACCCCUGCACCCCGCUGGGCCUGGUCAACCCCGAGGCCGUCGGCAUCCGCUCCGGCUUCCAGCCCGUCCAGGCCUCCGCCAACAUGGGCCAGCUGCCCGUCUUCAACGUCUGGAUCAACGACACCAGGCCUAUUUGGCUGUACUGCGCCCAGGGUGCCCACUGCCAGAAUGGCAUGUCCAUGGUGAUUAAUGAGAACACCCAAGCCAACGAGACUCGCUCGCUCGAGAACUACAAGGCCCUGGCUGCCUCCCUCGCCGGUGGCGCCGGUGGUAACGCCGGCCAACCCGGCGCUGGCAACGGCGCUGGAAACGGCGGCAGCACUGGUGGUGACGCUGGUGCUGGCGGUGACGCUGAUGCUGGUGCUGACGGCACCGACAACAACAACCCCGGCCAAGGCGGCGCCGAGCAGGGCGACGUCCCCGACGUCCCCGCUGCUGCUUAUUCCCUCGCCGUCCCCACCACACUGCUGCUCGCUCUCGGAACCGCUUUCCUGCUUGUCUAA